UGCGCUACUGAGCAUGCGUAGGAUUUAUCAACAUUUCAGGCUAGCUUGAAAACGGAAAUCUCCAGUCAAGUUUUUAAUCUUUAUUUUAGCUCUGAUUUCACAGCGAAUGCUUUAAUAACGGCUCUGCCUCGUUCUCUAACAGUUAAAAAUAAACGUUAAAACAAGCUAACGUCAGCUAGCUGGUUGUUUUUAGCUUGUGUGAUGAGAAUGUGAAGCUAACAGGCUAACCGAAUUUUUGUGCAACUUAGCCAGCAUUCAGAGGUUUACCUGCUGUUCUUGAUGGGGUUCGUUGGUCUUUAGCCGGAUGAUGCCGCCAUGAUAAAGUUCAUCCUCAUGGUGAACCGUCAGGGUCAGACCAGACUGUCCCGCUACUACCAGCCUGUGGAGCUGAGCAGGAGGGCGCCGCUGGAGGCUGACGUGGUUCGCUGCUGCCUGAGCCGCAAGAAGGACCAGUGUUCGUUUGUGGAGUAUAAAGACUUUAAGCUGGUUUACCGUCAGUACGCCGCUCUCUACAUCGUGGUCGGAGUCACGGACAACGAGAACGAGCUGUCUGUCUACGAGCUGGUUCAUAACUUUGUGGAGGUUUUAGAUAAAUACUUCAGCCGGGUGAGCGAGCUGGACAUCAUGUUUAACCUGGACCGAGUCCACAUCAUCCUGGACGAGAUGAUCCAGAACGGACACAUCGUGGAGACCAACAAGAGCCGAAUCCUCGCACCGCUCACUGCUUUGGACAAGAUGGCCGACGGCUGAGAUACAGGAAGUGAUGUCACUGACAGACUCAGACCGCCACAAUUGAGGGAAUCUGACCUCGGGUGUUGGGAUGUUUGUUUCUGAUUUAAAGACCAAAAUACUGACAUCAAUGUGGGAGAGGAAAACUGAAACCUGCUGCUCGACGGACAAAAAGGAACCAAGGAUUAAAGGGACAGUCUGUCUAAUCUUUAAAUCACAUCUGUUCUCUCUCAGUAAAACCCUCUGGUUGCUCUUAAUAUUUCUGGACACAGAUUCAAGUCUUCAGACUUCAGAUUAAACCAAGAAUCCAGAAUAGUUCCUCUGUAAAUAUGAACUAGAGAUCAUUAAAAUCAUGCUUCCUGUU